UUAGUUUUGGUCUCAUCUGACAAGAGAACCAUCUCUCAAACACUCUCUGAAUCCUGAAGGUGUUCAUUGCUAAACUUCAGGGGGGUCUACACAUGUGCCUUCUCAAGCAGGGGGACUCUGCAAGAUGUGAAACCAGUACGACAUAAAGUCUUACCAAUGGUUUUCUUGGUGACUGUGGUGUGCAGCUGCUUUAAGAUCAUCAACUACUCACUGUUCUCAUGGUCCUUGACACCCAGUCUGGUGAGAUCUUGCUUGGAGGCCCAUACCCAAAGAUGGAUUGAUGGUCAAGUUGUUAUUCUUGUUUUUUUUGCUGUUAUCACCUUCCAGCUCCUUACUGAAGGUUUUGUAGUCCAUUCCGGUCUGGUGCAGGUCUACACUCUACUCCCUUAAAUCCACUGAAAGUUCUUUAGUCUCCAUGUUGGAGAGUUUGGAGUCUGACUGAUAGAGUGAUUCUGUGGACAGGUGUCUUUUCUACAAGUGAUCAGUUCAAACAGGUGUCUCUAGUUCAGGUGACAGUUUGAUCAGCUUCCACAUCUCUCAUUUCCAGAGCUUUGACAAGAGGCCGAGGAUGUCGACUCCCCUGGUUUUGACUCUUCUGUUUUGUUAUCCGGCCUCAGCGAUGGUCGUCAAUGAUUUUAACCAGGUGGAGCAAUGCAAGAACUCCCUGUACAUGGGGACCCCACCGCGGGGAUUCACCAGACCCACGCUGAAGAAGAUCUGCCAGUUUUACGCAGACAAACCUCGAUAUGUGACCCUGUACGAUCCUCACGACAGGAUCCCGGUCUAUUCGGCUUACACCUUCAAGAAAACCGAGGGGGACAGGCGUGUGGAUUAUCCCUGGAUGUACGAGCCACAGCUUGCAGAAAUGGACGGAAACGGAAACAUGCUGCCCUUCCCCACCGGUUACCUCCACAUGAAGUUCGAGGACAGCCAGGCUGUGCUGGAUGACUACUCUGACGUGGUUCUGUACGAAAGAGGCCACCUGAACCCGGACCAACACCAGUCCACCCCCCACGACCGGGCUGCCACCUACACCCUGACCAACGUGGUGCCGCAGAUUCGCGAGUUCAACAUCGGGCCCUGGCGCGAGUACGAAGAGCGGAUCAGGGUGCGCCUCAAUAACUUCUGCCGUGGCACCGCCUUCAUCGUGACCGGAGUGACCACCACGGGUCACGCCAUCCACCGCAACAACCAGAGACGCGUGGGCAUCCCAGAGGACAUGUGGUCCGCCUACUGCUGCACAGACUACGACAGAAACGCACCACACGACGUGCGGACCCUCUUCCCAUCCCACGGGGCCAUGGCCAAAAACGCCAAAGAGGGCAACAGCAUUCACGAGAUGACAGUGCAGGAAUUGGAGAUGUUCCUGAUCAACCACGUUAAUGUGGAUAAGAACCUGCAGAUCUUCUAUGACAACUGCAGAGCUCCGUCACCUCUUCCUGUGUACCUGCAGCACACUAUCUAAAUCUCACGUACAACUCCACCCUUUUGACCAUUUUGACUUGCCGUACUUUCUUCCAUUUCCUUCUGUCUUUGUCCUGAAGAAAAACACUUUCAAAGAUGCUGAAGAAAGAAAAUACUUGUAUAUGGGAGGAGACAAGAAUUGACUAAUUUAAUAAAAUUUCUUCAUUGGC